UCCUCGCUUGCUGCCUGACUGGGCGCUCCUUAGGGCUCGUUGCCGCGUGAGGAGAAGCCGUCGCCAUCAUGCCGGUCUACUUCCAGCGGCCCGAGAACGCCCUGAAGCGGGCGAAUGAAUUUCUUGAGGUUGGGAAGAAGCAACCUGCUCUUGAUGUUCUCUAUGAUGUUAUGAAAAGUAAAAAACACCGAACAUGGCAAAAGAUCCACGAACCAAUUAUGCUAAAAUACUUAGAACUCUGCGUGGACCUCCGCAAGAGCCACCUGGCAAAGGAAGGAUUAUAUCAAUACAAGAAUAUAUGCCAGCAGGUGAAUAUCAAGUCCUUGGAGGAUGUAGUUCGAGCUUAUUUAAAACUAGCAGAAGAAAAAACUGAAGCUGCUAAAGAAGAAUCUCAACAGAUGGUCCUAGAUAUAGAAGAUCUGGAUAAUAUUCAGACUCCAGAAAGUGUUCUCUUAAGUGCUGUAAGUGGGGAAGAUACCCAAGAUCGUACUGAUCGGUUACUUUUGACUCCUUGGGUUAAGUUUCUGUGGGAAUCAUAUAGGCAGUGUUUGGAUCUUCUCAGAAACAAUUCCAGAGUGGAGAGACUCUAUCAUGAUAUUGCCCAACAAGCUUUCAAGUUCUGUUUGCAAUAUACUCGUAAGGCUGAAUUUCGUAAACUCUGUGACAACUUAAGAAUGCAUUUGGGUCAAAUUCAGCGUCAUCACAAUCAAAGUACAGCAAUCAACCUCAAUAAUCCAGAAAGUCAGUCAAUGCAUUUGGAAACUAGGCUCGUACAACUAGACAGUGCUAUCAGCAUGGAACUGUGGCAGGAAGCUUUUAAAGCUGUGGAAGAUAUACAUGGACUAUUCUCCUUAUCCAAAAAGCCACCAAAGCCCCAGCUGAUGGCAAAUUAUUACCACAAAGUUUCUACUGUAUUCUGGAAAUCAGGAAAUGCACUCUUUCAUGCAUCUACACUUCAUCGUCUUUAUCAUCUUUCAAGAGAAAUGCGAAAGAAUCUCACACAGGAGGAGAUGCAGAGGAUGUCAACAAGAGUUCUUUUGGCUACUCUGUCAAUUCCAAUAACCCCUGAACGAACUGACAUUGCUCGGCUUUUGGACAUGGAUGGCAUAAUUAUUGAAAAACAACGCCGAUUGGCAACACUGUUAGGACUUCAGGCUCCACCUACUCGAAUUUCUCUUAUUAAUGACAUGGUGAGAUUUAAUGUAGUGCAAUAUGUUGUCCCAGAAGUAAAAGAACUUUAUAACUGGCUUGAGGUAGAUUUUCAUCCACUGAAGUUAUGUGGUCGUGUAUGCAAGGUUUUAAACUGGGUAAGAGAUCAAUCUGAGAAAGAACCAGAAUUGCAAUUAUAUAUCCCUCAUCUGCAAAACAACACGAUCCUUAGACUACUUCAGCAGGUGGCUCAAAUUUAUCAAAGUAUUGAAUUUUCUCGCCUGACUACUUUGGUUCCUUUUGUGGAUGCUUUCCAGUUAGAACGUGCCAUUGUUGAUGCAGCCAGACACUGUGAUUUGCAAGUUCGCAUUGAUCAUACCACCCGAACAUUAAGUUUUGGGUCAGAUUUAAACUAUUGCACCCGGGAAGAUGCUCCUCUUGGACCUCAGCUGCAAAGCAUGCCCUCUGAGCAGAUUAGGAACCAGCUGACAGCCAUGUCAUCUGCUCUUGCAAAGGCUCUUGAAUUAAUUAAGCCACCUCAUCUAUUGCUAGAAAAGGAAGAACAACAUCAACAGGCAGUUACAGCUUACUUAAAAAAUUCAAGGAAGGAACAUCAGCGUAUCCUUGCUCGCCGGCAAACUAUUGAAGAAAGGAAGGAACGUCUUGAGAGUUUGAACAUUCAGCGUGAAAAAGAAGAGCUGGAGCAGCGUGAAGCUGAGCUCCAAAAAGUUCGCAAAGCUGAAGAAGAGAGACUGCGCCAGGAGGCAAAAGAGCGUGAAAAAGAGCGUAUUCUGCAGGAACAUGAACAAAUUAAAAAGAAAACUGUUCGUGAACGUUUGGAGCAGAUUAAGAAGACUGAGCUGGGAGCUAAGGCCUUCAAAGAUAUCGAUAUUGAAGAUCUUGAAGAAUUGGAUCCAGACUUCAUUAUGGCAAAACAGGUUGAACAGCUUGAAAAAGAAAAGAAGGAAUUGCAAGAGCGUCUGAAGAAUCAGGAGAAAAAGAUUGACUAUUUUGAAAGAGCAAAACGUUUAGAAGAAAUUCCACUGAUUAAGACUGCCUAUGAAGAACAAAGAAUCAGAGAUAUGGACCUUUGGGAGCAACAAGAAGAAGAAAGAAUCACAACCAUGCAACAGGAACGUGAAAAGGCUCUUGAGCAUAAGAAUAGAUUGUCACGGAUGAUAGAAGACAGUGAAUUGUUUAUAACUAGGCUCAAGGCUGCAAGGAGAUCAGUUUAUGAGGAAAAACUUAAGCAAUUCCAAGAAAGAUUAGCAGAGGAAAGAUGUAAUCGGUUAGAAGAACGUAAGAGACAGCGCAAAGAGGAAAGACGCAUUACUUACUACCGUGAGAAAGAGGAGGAGGAACAAAGAUUGCAAGAGGAAAAGAUGCUUAAAGAACAAGAAGAAAAAGAACGUAUUGAACGUGAAAAACGUGAACAAGAAAUGCGUGAAUAUCAGGAACGUGUUAAAAAAUUAGAAGAGGUAGAAAGAAAGAAACGCCAAAGGGAAUUGGAAAUUGAAGAGCGGGAGCGUCGUCGUGAAGAGGAGAGGCGGAAUCUUGAAGAUUCACUUUCAAGGAAGGAAUCUCGUUGGGGUGAUAGAGAAACUGAAAAUACCUGGAGAAGAGGUACUGAUCAGGAAUCAGAAUGGAGACGUCCACCAGAAAGAGAGUGGCGUCGUGGGGAAGUACGUGAUGAUGAAAAAACUUUACAAAAAGACGAUGUGGUUAAACAUACUACACCACAAGAGGCAGGAGAGACUCCCAAUGAAGCACCAGAAGAUAACGUAUUGAAACUUGAUGAGGAAGACAAGGGUCCUAAGAAAGUCCUAGAUGAUGACAGAACAAGUUGGCGUUCAACUGGAGAUGACAGGGGCCCCAGGCGUGGCUUGGACGACGACAGGGGCCCCAGGCGUGGCUUGGACGACGACAGGGGCCCCAGGCGUGGCUUGGACGACGACAGGGGCCCCAGGCGUGGCUUGGACGACGACAGGGGCCCCAGGCGUGGCUUGGACGACGACAGGGGACCUAGGCGUGGCUUGGACGAUGACAGACCAAGUUGGCGUAACAUGGAUGAAGACAGAGGGCCCAGGCGUGGGCUGGAUGAAGACAGAGGGCCCAGGCGUGGGCUGGAUGAUGACCGAGGGCCCAGGCGCGGGCUGGAUGAUGACCGGGGGCCCAGGCGCGGGCUGGAUGAUGAUAGAAUUUCAAGGCGUGAUGAGGAUAGGGGACCUUGGCGUAACACAGAUGAUGAUCGAGGACCCAGACGGUUGGAUGAUGACAGAGGUCCUAGACGUGGAGAUGAUUCCAGGCCUGGACCUUGGAGACCGUUUGGUAAACCAGGUGGAUGGCGAGAACGAGAAAAGGCUCGAGAAGACAGCUGGGGACCUCCACGGGAUUCCAGACCUUCAGAAGAUCGUGAAUGGGAUAGAGAUAAAGACCAUGAUGAAAAUGAAAAGGAAAGAGAAUUUGACAAAGACCGUGACUUUGAUCGGGAAGGUUUUAGGCGUCCUAGGGAUGACACUGGCUGGAGAAGAGGACCAUCUGAGGAACCCUCUAGCUGGAGGGAUUCAGGACGUCGUGAUGAAUGGGACAGAGGUGGUCGUGACUCUAGAGAUGACCGAGGUGGUCGUGAUCUUCGAGAUCGACGUGGUGAAGAGAGAGAAAGAAGAGGACCCCCACCGAGAACAGAUCGGGAUGAAGUGAGCUCAUGGAGACGUGGUGAUGACAGAAAGGAAGAACGUGAAGAACGUGAAACAGUUCGAAGGCCACCUACUGCUGCUCCUACUCCUGGUCCUUCUGUUUCCAAAGAGCGAGAAAAAGAUGGUGAGAAAGAGAAGGGGCCUUGGAGAACAGAAAAAGACCGAGAAUCCCUUCGUCGCACUAAAAAUGAAACUGAUGAAGAUGGUUGGACCACUGUACGACGCUAAGUUCAAAACCAAAACAUGGUUUUAAUUGGUGUUUUGCAUUGAUUUGAUAACAGAUUAUAAUAUUGGUGCUUUAAGAGUCUGAAUUUGAAUUCUUUAACAAAGUUUUCUAGGAAUAUGAAAGCAUGAAACUCUUACUUGUAUGCAAACUGAUCAUGCACAGAACUUACAACUAAUAGUUGGAAAUUAAAUACUGGUUAUCUAAAAUUUCAAUUGUAUGUCACAGAUCACUUGGUGGUAAGAAUAAAAAACACAAAUUCUAUAGGUAUCUUUGAGUGGCAUGUACAUCUCAGUCAAAAACAAAUCUGAUUUUUAUGUUAACUAACCUUACACCUUAAAAUGGAUAUGGCCUGCAAAGCAUAUGUUUAAAACAAUGUUUCUGGAUCCAUAAACAAGUGACUUUGUAAGGCUGUACAGUCUAAAAUUGGUAUUUUGAUGGCAGAGGCUAUUGCUGGUGGUAUUAUUGGAUUCAGUAUGUUUUAAUUUGAUUUAUAUAGAAUAAAUGUCAUGGGUCUUUUAGCUAUGCUGGGAUUUUUUUUUUUUUGGUAGAUUCUACUUGAAUGCACAGUCUUAUCAAGCCAUUUUGCAGUCUUUACUUUCACAAUGAGUGCCACAGUAGUAUCGAAACAACAGGCUUUUAAAAUUGAAAGCAUUUGAGUAAUCUUAUUGCUGAGCAUUUUUGUUCCUUGCUGUGUAUAGACACUGCUCUUUCUGGUAUUGGUAAUCUCUGCCUUUUGAAACAUUUAUAUAGUGUCAUUUCAUAUACAUGAUCUGGAGGAACCACUCACUCCUCCUUUUCUUCUGAAUUUCUUGUCUUCAGGGUAAGUGCUUUACCUUUAAACCAAGUGCUUUGUAGUAAGAGUGGGUUGACUUCAAUUUGGGGCUGAAGUAGCAAUGUUAGUGAUUGUUUUUAAUUGAAGCCAACACAGGACUUGCUGCUAUGUGUUAACUUCAAUGAUAAAUAAACUUAAAAAACUAACCUGG